UGUUGGUUUUGUUCCGUGGAGCUCCGUUUCACAUGGCGGAGGGGGGCGGAGAUGGAAUAUUCAGAUGAGCCGGAGUGACAGCUCCUGUUUCCCCCAAUGCACUCCUGUUUCUGAAACUCCACCACCGGCUCCUUCCUCCUCCCGACUACUUCUCACUUCAUAGUUGCGCACAGUAAAAAACCUCGGACGCUAGGGGAUCAAGACGCCUCUAUGUGGGCACUUCAACUGACCUUUCGGGGGCCGUUUUCGCUUGGUUAAAAGGCUGAGGCGGAGGGAUGCUUUAUUUUUAUUUUUUUAUUUCUUAACAUUCUCUGCUGAUUGCGUUUCUCGGCUGAUUGCUGAAGCUGUUUUUUUUAUUUAUUUUUGUGGUUUGGUUGUGCUUUUUUUUGUUGCGCUCGACGUCGACGCUUCGCGUUGUUUUUAUCCCCCGCAGUUUUUUAAGGGAACGAGGCGCAACAGCACGCCUCGUGUGCUGCCCUCACCACCCAUGUCCUAUCCUCAGGGUUAUCUCUACCAGCCCCCGGGCUCUCUGGCGCUUUACUCGUGUCCGGCGUAUGGAGCCUCGGCUCUGGCCGCCCCGAGGAGUGAGGAGCUGGCCCGCUCCUCCUCCGGGUCUGCCUUCAGCCCUUACCCGGGCUCGGCUGCCUUCUCCGCCUCGGCCGGCGCGGGCUUCUCCAGCGCGCUGCAGUACACCACGGACCCGACCACCGGAUUCCCUUCAUACAUGAGUUCCCCCUACGACACACACACAAGCAUGGCCGGGGCGCUGGGCUACCACCCGUACGGCAGUCCCGGGUACCCGUACCAGCUCAACGACCCGGCCUACCGCAAGAACGCCACUCGGGACGCCACGGCCACCCUGAAGGCCUGGCUGCAGGAACACCGCAAGAAUCCAUACCCCACCAAGGGCGAGAAGAUCAUGCUGGCCAUCAUCACCAAGAUGACCCUGACGCAGGUGUCCACCUGGUUCGCCAACGCCCGCCGGAGACUCAAGAAGGAGAACAAGAUGACGUGGGCCCCCAGGAACAAGAGCGAGGAUGAGGAUGAGGAAGACGGUGAGGGGGACGGAAGGAAGGAGGGCGAUCGCUCCGACAAAACCAUGGACAUCAGCGAGGCGUCGGCGGAGGAUGAAGGCAUCAGCUUACACGUGGACACGCUGACAGACCACUCGUGCUCAGCGGAAUCCGACGGGGACAAGGUCAGCUGCCGCGUCAGAGACUUGACCUCCGACCUUUCCCGGGACAAAUGUGACGAUGACGAUGACGACGAGGACGACGAAGACGACGAUGAAGCAGAGCGGCGCGGGGGGCGCAUGCGACGCCAGCAGCUCUCCCCUAAACCGCUCUCCUCGCCGCCAUUAACAGGAGUAGAGGCGCCGAUACUCAGUCCACACCACAACCACCACCACCACCUCCACCACCCCCAUCAUAACCACCUCCUCCACCUGCACAGUCAGCGCGAGGAGUUGACCCGGAACCUGGUCAAUAACAGCAGCGGCAGCAAACAGUCGUGUCUCGACAAUAGGAACACAGCCUCUUCGGUUACGGGUGCGACUCCAAACCCCGCAGUCAAACCCAAACUGUGGUCGCUGGCGGAGAUCGCUACCUCUGAUCAAAAGCAACAGCAGCCACCCGGGCGACCGAGCAGCCCCUCCGGGGUGCACGGCCUCCUCAACCCACCCACCACCUCCCCACCGGCUAACGCAGUCUACCCCUCACCCUCCAUCCUGGGAAGACAUAUUUAUUACACGUCGCCCUUUUACAGCAAUUACACAAACUACGGCAACUUUAGCCCACUGCAGGGCCAAGGGAUUUUGCGGUACAAUUCCCCGGGGAUGAGCGUGGCGGCCGUCGCUGCAGCCGCCGCUGCAGCCGCCGCCUCCGCCGCCAGCGAGAGCCUCCACGCAUCGCACCACCAGCAGGCUGCGCACGCAGCGCACGCGGCAGCCGCGCUGGAGGCGAGCGGCGGCUCACACAAACACAGCCCAGAACCGGCCCUUGUUAAAAGUAACCCCAACCACAUGGUCGCUGAGCAGCAGCAUUUCAGAGCCGCACAUAUAGAGUCGAAGAAAGGUACGUAGCCGCGAUGGUACGGUGGUACGACAGGCAGAGGCGACAGCGCAGCAGCAUACACUGGCUUUAAUUCGUCUUGGUGCAAUGGUGCGUUGUUGGUGUUUUUUUUUUUUUUUUCUGGGAUAAUCACUUUAAUUUAUACAUACUGUUUUUAAUUGAAGGUUAUCUAUGCUUAACCUCAUUGAGUCAUUAGGCAAAAUACAGUCUGUGUUUGGAGGAAGACGAGCCUUUGUUUGAAUUUGCAGCUGUACUUUGCUCGAAUUACAAAUGCAUAUUUACAGUAAUAAUAGUAAUCUGUAAAGCAAAAUGCCGAAUGCAACAAUUAGCUGAUGAAAGGGGAAGUGUUUGAACCCUCUAAACAACCCCCAACCGCAUGCACAUGCUGUCAACUCUCACAAACACAAUCUCUCUCUCUCUCUCUCUCUCUCUCUCUCUCUCUCUCUCUCUCUCUCUCUCUCUC